UUUAUCACCUAUACUUGCAGUUGAAGCCUGUUGUGUGACAAUGACUUCAUCAUAUGAGGAUAUUCGCCUCAAAACAAUUGCAGAGAAUAAGAAAAAGCUAGAGGCUCUCAAUCUUACUAAACUCUCUCAAUCCCUUUACAAAUCAUCUUCGUCUUCUUCCAAACCAUCAUCGUCUGUGAAGGGUCGUCCGAGGUUUGUACAACCUGGAGAGCUUGAAGUAAAUAAGAAGCGCCUACGUUCAACGACAACUAGAAAAUCAUCAAUAACCCCUCCGCCAGUCCAAACUACAAUAACCACUCCGCCAAUCCAAACUACAAUAACGCCUCCGCCAAUCCAAACUACAGAAGAUGUUGUGGUAGGAGAUGAGGGUGAAGAUGUUGUGGUAGGAGAUGAGGGUGAAGAUGGUGUGGUAGGAGAUGAGGGUGAAGAUGGUGUGGUAAGAGAUGAGGCUGAAGAUGUUGUGGUAGGAGAUGAGACUGAAGACGUUGUUCAAGUGGCUAGUUCUGAGUAUUGUGAUGUAAAUGUUAUUAAUGAGGAUGGUUAUGUUUCAAAGACCCGUUUAUGUGUGAAAGACUUGGUUGCGAACUCAGAGUCUGAUGGAACAUGGAUAAUACUUGAAUGGGAUAAGAGUCAUCGUGCAGUAGGAUCAGCUGCUCGUUUGUUAGCAGGGUAUUUGGGUACACUUGUCAGAAUGUUUAAAGACUUUCCCAUAAUGUUCGAGAGUUGGAAGGCUAUUCCAAUGGAUAAAAAAAAAAACCAUUUUGUUGUUGAUGAUGCGCGUGACAAAGAUUUCAUACUUGCUUCUGCUGGGAAGAAAUGGAAGGAUGGUCGACAUCACUUGUUUCAUAGAUUUUAUAAAUGGGAUCUCACUUUGGAGGAAAAUAUUCAACAUUAUCCAAAAUGCCAAGGCAUUAAGGAAAACGAUUGGACCCUUUUUGUUCAAUAUAGACGGAAAGAAAAAACACAGAGAAUAGCAACAAAAAAUGCCCAAAAUAGAGGAAAAUUGAAGAUUCCGCAUACACUCGGAUCUAAGUCACUUGCAAGGAAGCAACAUGAGUUGGAAGUGAGAGAUGGGCGAUCAUAUAGCAGAGGGGAAAUGUAUGCAGUUUCACAUAAAAAAUCUGACGGGUCUUUUGUCAAUGAAGAUGCAUACCACAAUAAUGAAAAAUUACAAGCUGCAAUUAAGGAUUCUGUAUCUGAAAAUGAGGCAUUUCAGAAAGUGUUUGGAAAAGAACAUCCUGGAUAUGUUCGUUGUAUGGGACUUGGAGUUACGCCAUCUCAAAUUAAUGGAUCUACAAGAUCGGGGUCUUCUUUGGAAGAAAAUGAAAAAAUAAAGGAAAUGCAAGAAGAAAUUAAUGCACUUAAAGAGAAGAAUUCAAAAAUUGAUGAAUUGAUGGAUGCAGUCGCAUUCUUAAAGCAAAGGGACAAUGCUAUGACAGAGGAAAUUGAACGCUUAAGGCAAAUGCAAAAUUCUAGCGGAAGACAGGGAUUGGAAUCAUCUGCUGAUGGUAGACGUUCUUCUGAGUCUAGCUACCGAAUUGCAGAUAAUAGAUCAUCAGGAAGGACAAAUUAGACUUUUCUAUGAAUUAAUUAUAU